ACGGACAUAAAACAUCAAAAAAUAUCCGGGUAGCCAUUUUCUCUCUUACAAAGUUAAAUAUUUUUCGAGAGUUAUUCAGGCUAAACAACGAUGAAGUUGGGUAGAAAGUUGAAGAUUUUUGCGGUAAUUACUUUCAUCGGCGUGGUGUUGAUGACAGUUUCUUUCGUCAGUCCAGGAUGGGCCAAUGUUUCCGUCAGGGAAACACAACAAGACUAUUCCCCUUUUUUUGAUUGGAAUCCUGAAAAUGGCGAAAAAGUUCACCUCUCGGUUGGACUGUGGUAUUUCACUAUCUGUUUCCACAGAUCUAAAAAUGUUUACCCACAUUAUAUGCCUGAUGCCAGCUUCGAAGAUGAUAGCUGGAUGAUGCAGAGGAGAGAAGAUUCUGGCAAGGAGAAGAGAUGUCAUGUGUCCACCUACCACAGUCAUAGAGAAUCGCCAUUUAUGUAUUCAUUCCCAAGCUCUGUGUACAAGGAAAUGAAAGGAUUGGGUCAAAAGGGACUGUUGGAAUUCCAGAUUAUCUCGUCCAUAGGAAUCUUUUUUGGGGUUCUUGGUUUCAUCGGCACCAUUGCGUACACGCGUAGUCUGGCGAGGUCCAGGUGUGCUGGUUUAUUGGCCUGCAUCAGCCUUAUUGUCUCAGGCGGAACAUAUAUUGCGGCUGCUGCAAAAACGGCUACCGUGGCUCAUGGUUACAAAGCCCUAUUUUCAUACAUGUACAAGUCGACAAUUCUACACUUCCACUGUCCGUGGGCUCUCAUCCUUGGAGGAGUGGGGGGAAUCUUUGUCCUUAUUUCCGCUGUUGCACACUUGUGUAUCCUGUCCAGAAACAAGACAAACGACGACAUACAAGUCUACCAUAUUCACAAAGGAACCAACCAGGGUAUCUUUUCCCAGCAUACUUACACAACAAUUGCGCCCCCUGGUUAUACUGCUACUGUCGGGUUAAAGGUGCCACUGAUAACCGCAAUUGAGAAAAAUGAGGAGGCGGGACCUCUUCCAGAUAAAAAGUAAAAGUGGUUAAAAAAUCCUCAAAAUUGAAGAAAAUAGUUUGAAAGAUUUUGCUGUACAUUUUUAACUGCUGAAUUUUGUGGCCAUAAAGUCUUCUAUAUUUCAUUGUUGAUGCAAAUAUACUCGUAUUUAGGAACUGUCCUUUUCAAUCAAUAUUAUUGUUUUUGUUUAGCAACCUUUUCCUUCUGAUUACAUACACGUGUACUGAUGAGUCUCGACAUAAUUAUGUUUCCUAUAUAUAUAUUUUAUUAUCAUGCAAUAUAUAUCAUGAAGCUAGAAAUUUGUAAACUUACUCAUGCCCAUCAUCAAUAAAUAAUAGAAAAGAAUAAUAA